CCCUUGUGACCCUGUCCGGGUCGGUGAGGAUAAAUGGCAGAGGAGAGCCCUGCUGGGGAAGUAGCAGCAGGGACUGGCCAAGAUGCUGAAUCUGCUGGUGCUGGCGCUGCCCCUCCUGGUGAGCCUGGUCCGCAUGGCCCCCGCCCCAGGCCAGGCCCUGGAGCGAGCAGGCAUCGUGGGCGGAAAGGAAGCCCCUGGGCACAAGUGGCCCUGGCAGGUGAGCCUGAGAUGCCUCGACCAAUACUGGAAGCACUUCUGCGGGGGCUCCCUGAUCCACCCCCAGUGGGUGCUGACCGCGGCGCACUGCUUUGGACCGGAAAAGGCUGACCCCUUGUACAUCAGGGUCCAGCUGGGGGAGCAGCACCUCUAUUACCAGGACCGGCUGCUGCUGGUCAGCCGGAUCAUCGUCCACCCCAACUACUAUGACGCGGUCAACGGAGCGGACAUCGCCCUGCUGGAGCUCGAGGACCCCGUGAACCUCUCCAGCCACGUCCAGCCGGUCACCCUGCCCCCGGCCUCGGAGACCUUCCCCAAGGGGACACGGUGUUGGGUGACAGGCUGGGGCGACGUGCACAGUGGAUGGCCCCUGCCACCGCCGUAUCCUCUGAAGCAGGUGAGGGUCCCCAUUGUGGAAAACAGCGAAUGCGACAUGCAGUACCACCUCGGCCUGUCCACAGGGGACAACAUCCCGAUUGUCCGUGACGACAUGCUGUGCGCCGGCAGCGAAGGGCACGACUCCUGCCAGGGUGACUCCGGGGGGCCCCUGGUCUGCAGGGUGAAUGGCACCUGGCUGCAGGCGGGCGUGGUCAGCUGGGGCGAGGGCUGCGCUCUGCCCAACCGGCCUGGCAUCUACACCCGCGUCACCCACUACUUGGACUGGAUCCACCAGUGUGUCCCCAGGGAGUCCUGAGCCCGGUCCCUAGGUCUGCAAAGCCAGUCACCUCCUGCCCCCACACCACUGCUUCCUGCCGAGGUGGCUCCUCCUGCACCGUGCCUGGCCCCCCACCCUGACUCCCCCCCCACCGAGUGCCCCCCACCAUGAGCCCCCCCUGCCCUGAGCCCCCACAUGUCCCGUCCCAGCGAGCGGGCGGUCAGCACGAUCACUCAUUAAAGAGCAUGGAAAGCA